CUUGACUCAAAAGCAUUUAAUGGAGAUUCUCUGUCAAACUGUUUUUUUAGUCCAGGACUAACCUUAAUAUGUGUCCGUGAAACCGCCCCACAAGGACAAACAAUAGUGUAGCAAAAAUAUCCAGCUUUGAAGUGACAUUGGACUCUCUCUCCUCAGACAAACUAGGAUCCACAGUAUUUGGUCCAGUAAAAAUGGAUUUUACAGGCAACAUCAAGAAGAUCCACCAGAAGCUGUCGUCGGACCCGGGCAGCUUCCCCACACUGCAGACCAUAGUGCUCCACGAGGUGCAGACCGGCGUGGCCCGCGUCCGCAACUCAGCCACCGAGGCCCUGCUGUGGCUCAAACGAGGACUCAAGUUCCUCAAGGAGUUCCUGUCCCUGGUCAACUCUGGGGAAAGGGAUAUCCCCGGAGCGCUGGGUAAUGCUUAUGGACGGAGUCUGCGGCAGUAUCAUGGAUGGGUUGUGCGAGGUGUAUUUGCUCUGGCCCUCCGAGCAGCGCCAUCAUACAGCAGCUUUGCGGCGGCUCUGGUGUCCAGAGAGGGGGAGGAACUGAAAGAAGGAUUCAACACAGGCAUGCACCGGGACCUGGGGGUCUACCUGCCUGCCAUGGAGAAACAACUGGCCAUCCUGGAUGCCCUGUAUGAAGAAUACAACCUGGAGUCAGAUGAGGUGGUCUGAGAGGAGGAGACGAGAUCCCAACUGGUGGCCUGAGAGGAGGAGACGAGAUCCCAACUGCUGGCCUGAGAGGAGGAAACGAGAUCCCAACUGCUGGCCUGAGAGGAGGGGACGAGAUCCAAACUGGUGGCCUGAGAGGAACACUACCAGAGGAGGAAGAGAGCCCUCAGACUCAGACCAUCUGGGAUACAGUGACGAAGGAGGAGGAGGAGGUAGAAGAGGAGAGCCCGAUAUGAGCCGCCGCAGCAGAGCAGUGGCUCUGGUGUACUUGAUGUAGUGUACAGUACUUUAGACUCAGGCUCUUUUCCCUCCUGGAAGUCACUUCCAUUAUGAACAGCUGCACCAUUGGUGGCUGAGAUUGCACAAAUAUGGACUUUUACUUUAAAUUGAGGCUGAUAUUGUUAUUAUUGACAGCAUUAUUUGACAGCCUACAUAGGCUGCAUGUAAUGAACUGCAUACAACACUGAAGAGUAUAAUGUAGCGGUGUUAGUAUUGAUCCCUGCUGAACUCCUACACCAAUAUACUGUACCUACAUGGAUGACAUGCGUACCACCACCAACCCACCUCCUCCAACCCCCUCCCUCCAGAACCCACCUCCCCCCUCCCUCCAGAACCCACCUCCUCCCUCCAGAACCCACCUCCUCCCUCCAGAACCAACCUCCUCCCUCCCUCCAGAACCAUUCUCAUUCUCUCACAUUGUCUCAUCUACAAAUGUAUUGUUUACCAAGUGACAUUAACAUGAACUAUUAUUUUCCUCCUUAUCGUAAUCAUUUAAAUGUAGUCUUUAUGAGUAACUUAUGGAAUAAACCAUGUUCUAUAUGGAUGGGAAAUGUCCAUGUUUUAAUGUAUAGGGUUCGACUGAGGUGCCAACUGAAGUGGGAUAUAUAGCAAGGCCUUGAUUCAAAAUGUAUUAACAAUCAUGGUGGAUAGAUUGUUAUUGUCUUCUAUUAGCUGACUUUCCUCUCUGUGACUGAUGUUGUGAGUUAAGAAUAAUACAACGGGGAUCAUCAUAGAGGCAGUCUAACUUUGGCCUCUUAGUUCUGGACAUUAAUUCAGUCUUGUUAUAGAUGCACUGAACCAUUUGGACAAAGCAGGAAUAUCUGACCGAUUUGCAAUAGGCUGAUUCCUUGUUGUGAAUAAUUUCUAGUGUUAAUGCUAAUGUUUUUGUAUCUCACAAUUUCAGAACACAUUUUAUACGAAUGUACAUAAGAUGGCAUUUUUACAUAUGUAUUAAACUGGAUGAAAUCGUGAA